ACAGUUGAGAAAUGGAAUCAUUGCCCUUCUGUCAAAUUGCUCUGUUCGUGUUAACCAAAGAUUUUAUUUUAAAAGCUUUUGGUGACUGGUUAAAGCCUCAACAUGGAUGAAGAUUUGAUAUUUGAUCCAUCUUUGAAAAAGAAGAAGAAGAAGAAGACUGGUUUUGACAUAGAGGCUGCGCUCGCUGGAGAACAAGGUGAAACCACGAGUGCCGAAGCGCCUGCUGAGUCCGGUGACGUCGACGUGCCUGAGGACGACAACCUCGACUUGGACAACUUUGGUAAAAAAAAGAAGAAGAAAAAGAAGACUUUCUUCAACUUAGACGAGUUAGAAAAUGCAUUGCCCGAGACGAAAGAUGAAAAACCGCCCGCCGAGGAACCUGAGCAACAAGAAGAAGAAAUGGUUGACGAUUUAGAUUUGGAUAUAGACUUCAGUAGAAAGAAGAAAAAAAAGAAGAAAAAUAUAGAUGAACAGUUGGUGAUGGAAGAUGAUUUGAAAGGAGAUGAUCAAGAGAAAGAAGAUGACCCCCAUGGUGAAUGGGUCGGUAGCGAUCGUGAUUACUCUUACGAUGAACUUCUCGAGCGUGUGUUUGACAUUAUGAGAGAGAAGAACCCCAGCAUGGUGUCAGGCAAGAAGCAAAAAUUCAUAAUGAGACCACCACAAGUGGUUAGAAUUGGUACAAAGAAAACAUCUUUUGCAAACUUCACAGAGAUUUGCAAAACACUUCACCGUCAGCCGAAACAUUUAUUAGACUUUUUGCUGGCCGAAUUGGGUACAAGUGGCUCUGUAGAUGGUAACAGCCAGCUCAUCAUUAAGGGACGAUUCCAACAAAAACAAAUAGAGAAUGUGUUGAGAAGAUACAUUAAAGAGUAUGUAACUUGUCACACCUGUCGCUCCCCUGACACCAUUUUACAAAAGGACACCCGGUUAUUCUUCCUGCAGUGUGAGACGUGUGGAUCUCGUUGCUCAGUGGCCAGUAUUAAAUCUGGUUUCCAGGCUGUCACCGGAAAACGAGCAGCUAUGCGUGCAAAGACUGCAUAGAUUAGUGUUUAGUGAUAUUCAAUUUUACAAUCGAGGAUGUGGGUACAUGCAGUGAAUUUCCCUAUCCAUGUGGAUGAUGCUUUAUAGAUUUUGUAAUAUAUAGUGUACAUUACUGAUCGUUCAGCUGCUAAUCAGGUGCUGAUGGAAAUAUUUUGAAUGAUUGAUUUUUAAAUAUUGUGCAACUCCUUGCUGGUAAUACAAGUUUGUUUAUCUAAGUAUUUACAAUUUUGUUUAUGAAUCAAACUUAUUCAAAGAUUGAAUAUUAUACUCAGUAAAUAUUCAUAAUUAUGUCAUUGUUAUUUAAGAUUUAUAGAGUAUACAUAUAAGACUAAACAUCUUUUAUUUGUAUUACCUUAUCAUUAGUGCUCAAAUUACUAAGUAAUUGGUUGCUGGAACAUGAACUGGAAAUUCUGGGUGUACCCUAAAAUAACCCCUAUAUUUAUAUAGCUUACUACUGUAAUAUUCUCAUUGAUACACAAUGUUUUUAAAAAAGUUGUUUUAUUUUACCAUUUAUCUAGAUAAACUGAAAAUAUUUUGAAAGAAGAUUCAAAAGUAAUAGCUACUCAUUUGUCUUU